UAGGAGAAACAUCUCCAGUCGUUUACACGUACAGCGCCAGUAAUGCCUGUUUUAAUAUACAGAAGCACUUGCAAGAAAUUGCAGAUCUACCUCUGUGCCUAAAGCCAGGAUGAUUAUUAUACAUCUUCAGUUGCUGUCAAUCACAUGCUAAAAGUGGAAUAGAUAUGGUCCAUUCUUGACAGCAUUGAGAUUCCUGCUCCGUUGGCAAUGGUUGGCAUUUUCCACACGUGCACCACCGUGUCUCGUUUGAACAUGGUCUGCCCGAGGCUUGAGAGACUUGUGUCUCCGCAGCAGUCUCCUCUCUCUGUCUAAGUUCAUUAUCUGUGUACUCUGGCUCAAAAAGGAUGCUCUUUCAUUCAGGACUGACUCUUCUCUUAUGCUCAAUCUUUGCACACGUCAGUUGCCAGUCCUGCAGCUGCGUGACUUUACAGUCCAGAAGUCUGAGGGUAAACUGCAGCUCGCAAGGCCUGAGAAACGUCCCUCAACUUCCUGCCAGCAUCACUGAGCUCCUGCUGCAGAAUAACCUCCUGACCACCGUACCUCCAGGGCAUUUAGACCAGUUCCACGACCUGCAGCUGGUCAAUUUAUCUGGGAACCCGUUCCACUGCGACUGCAGCAUCCAGUACUUAACACAAUGGCUAAAGAGAAAUAAAGCAGUCUCUGUGAUGCCGGUGUGUGCCAGUCCUGCAGAACUAGCCCGAAGGCCCAUUGAUAAACUCACGGAUGCUGAUUUCGCUUCCUGUGCCUCUGAUCACUGCUUCGGGUGGGUUUAUAAUGGCAUCUUAUGCUUAAUGCUUUGCUUUCUAAUUGGUUUGCUGCUGUGGUGCCUGCAACUAGCAAGAAACUCCACGUUUAUUCUGGGAAUCGAUGAGAGGCAUACUGGAUUUGAGGCAGAAUCUCUUCGAUCACUCAAACCCAAACACAGAGCGAGGAUGAGGGUCAGUAUCGGGUCACUGAUGCCAGGAACCGACGACAUGGACAAGCCUUUACUCAACAUGGAGAUUCUACCUCAGAUACUGGAUGUCCUGCAAAAGCAACACAACAUUAAGAUUAAAGUACCUUAAAAAGUUAACUGUGUAUCGAAUACACUUUCAUUUGAUUUGUAACAUGGACUGUGAUAUUGGGAAAUUGUAAAUCUUACCAGUUACGUUAAUACUUUGCUUUUUAAGUUGGAUUUUACUUCUUAUAUUGUGUUAAAAAAUAAAAGAAAAUGAAAACAACCUCUAAGCCAGAUAGAA